CGAUGAAGAUUGAGAAAACAAACUGGAACCGCCCAGACGACAAGAGACAGAUUUAUUUUUUUUCGUGUUGGGGGGGUGGAGGGGCAGGCGCGAAUUAGUUCACCGUGGGGGCGUGGUUACAGUGACAGCGACGACAGUGGGGCGGGGCUAAGGGACAGACUUUGAAUAAAAAGGGAGUUCCCGCGCAGCCCCAAGCAUCUCUCAUCCGUCCAUCAGGAUGUCCAACUCUGACAGACUGGUCCUGGCGCUGGGAGGAGCGGGAACUGUUGGAUCAGGAAUCGUCAAGGCUCUGCUGGACAAAGGUUUUAAAGUGGCAGUCAUUUCCCGGGACAGCAGCCGACUAGAGAGGCUCCGAACAUUCGUCUCCCCCGAUACAAAGGAAAACCUCACCACUAUAGUGGGGAGUGUGGGCUCAGAGGUCGGAGCAGAGCAGGCUAAGGCCGCCCUGCUGGACACUGUGGGGAAAGUGACAGACAUCGUGUCCUCUCUGGGGUUCAGCUGGUGGCAGGGUGGACCCCCACACAGCCAGACCCUCAAAGACCUCCACUGGGUUAUGGACACGUUACUGUUCAGCACCUUUGUGUCGUGGAAAGCUUUCUUUCCUCUGGUGAAGGACGACUCCGACCGGACCUACACCUUCGUCACAGGGGGCGCAGAGAAGCUGCUGAUGCCUGGAACAGGGUUCCUGACGGUGGGAGCAGCCAGUACCCUGUCCUUCUGUCAGAUCCUGAGGGAGGAGUACCCUGAAACAGCCUGUAAACUCAACCAGGUGAAGAUCGAUGCGGGCGUGGCCUCUCCAGAGCGGAUGGCUCCUGGGUUCCUGAACCACCUGGAGCUGGGGGAGUUUGUGGCCAGGCUGGUGGAGAAGAGGAACUGUUCCCACACCGUCUUCAACGUCAGGACUACUGAAGACCUGAGAGCCUAGACCCUAAAGACCCCCAGAGUCUCUGGUCCAAUCACGGCUGACUUCGGGCUCCAGGCUCCGCCCUGAUUUUUAGCCUGAGUCAAAUGUUGGUUUUUUUUUUACUCUGUUUCUUUAUUCUGAGUGUUGUUUGUCAUCGUCUCCUGGUUCUGAAUAAAAACACUUGACAUUCCAUUCAUUUCAGACAAAGAAAAAUAAAGAAAAAUGCAAAU